GAGUUGGGCUUCUUUCAAUUCCCUACGCGCUUGCGUCGGGCGGAUGGCUAAGUUUAAUACUCCUUUUCGCGAUCGCCUUCAUAACGUUCUACACAGGCUUACUAAUUCAACGAUGCAUGGAUGUGAAGUCUGAUAUCAGAACCUAUCCAGAAGUUGGUGAGCUUGCAUUUGGAAGCAAUGGGAAGAUAAUAGUCUCAAUUUUCAUGUAUGUGGAGCUGUAUAUGGUUGCUACAGGAUUUCUAAUUCUCGAAGGAGAUAACUUAGACAACAUGUUUCCUGAUGUCGGAUUUGGACUCAUUGGCUUUACAAUCAGUGGACAAGCAUUCUUUGUUUUGGUCAUUGCUCUCAUUAUCUUGCCGUCGGUUUGGUUAGACGAUAUGAGUCUUCUCUCUUUCGUUUCAGCUAGCGGUGUUCUGGCAUCGACCGUUAUCCUCGGCUCUGUAGUUUGGUGUGGUGCUUUUGAUGGAAUUGGAUUCCAACAGAAAGGGACUCUCAUCAACUGGAAAGGGAUUCCAAAUUCUAUCAGCUUAUUUGCUUUUUGUUACUGCGCUCAUCCAGUUUUCCCAACCUUGUACACUUCCAUGAAGAACAAACGCCAGUUCUCCAAUGUUCUAACUCUCUGCUUCAUCAUGUGCACUUUUGGCUAUGCCUCAAUGGCUAUUAUGGGAUACGCUAUGUUUGGCUCAGACAUUCAAUCACAAAUAACCUUAAAUCUUCCGAAGGGAAAACUCAGCUCUUUAGUGGCAAUAUACACAACCUUGAUCAACCCCAUUUGCAAAUAUGCAUUAAUGACUGUUCCGAUCGUGAAUGCCAUUAAGAAUCGAUUUCCAUUGAACUACAACACUAAGGCAUUUACUAUCCUAAUAAGUACCACCUUGUUGGUCAGUAAUGUCAUUGUAGCUCUGACAAUUCCAUUUUUCGGGUCUUUAAUGUCCCUCGUUGGAGCGUUUCUCAGCAUGACCGCUUCGAUUAUACUACCAUGCGUGUGUUACUUGAAGAUUUCGGGCAACCACAGGAGAUUUAGAUUUGAGACUGUGAUAAUAACUAGUAUCAUAGUGAUUGGUGUUCUAGUUGCCACACUUGGGACAUAUGUAGCUCUUGUUGAGAUUGUAGGAAAGAUGUAAUUAAUUCUUCUUGGUGCAUAAAAUAUUUUCCUUUGAGAUAAGAGUGGUGCAAAAUGUGCGUUUGGUAGAAACAGUGGUGUCUUGCUUGGAAUGCGAAGGUGAGAAGUUGAAGAUUGCAAGAAUUUAAUUUUGAUUUUACUAGCAAGGUAUUGUGUCAAUGGAGAUGUUCCCUUACUUAAAAGCUAUUAAUCAUUUUAUCUUCUAUAUCGAAUGUGGGACGAUAUAUUCAUCUCGCAAUUGCAACAGAGACGUAUGCUGGAUCGUAGGAGCUCCAUUCUUGAUCCUUGCCCUUAGAGGUGCUUCACUUCUAGAGUGACAUUUUGUUGAGUGCUAGUACAUGAAAUGAAGUAAUUGCAACAAUUUUCCUUGUAUUGAUUGUUUA